UACCAUGGUGUUCUAAGUUUUGAUAUCCUCGGGUAGAUUUUGACGUUUAAAAUUUCGUAUAAAACAGAACACAAUUUUAUUAUCAGUACAAUUGCAUUCCAAAAGUUUUGGAGAUCUUUUUAUUUGCCUAUUUUCCGUUUUUAUCAAGCUUUCUCAUGACCAUGUUCACAGCAUUAACAGUGGGGGCAUUCCUCCUUUUGGGGAUCACAUUACAAGUCUCAGGCGUGGAUCAUAUUUCUACUAUAUGCGUUCUGAAAUGUGAUUUUUCCUAUGGUGCAAAUAACCAAGUGUCUGGAUGUGAUUGUGACGCUUUAAGAGAAGUGAAGAAUGUGCGGUCUCACUUGGAACACACCACGCACCCCCACCACUGGAACCACCAUUUCACCACCACCUCCACCGUCCGUACUACUGAUCUGUGUUCCGUGCUCUGCAGCAUGCAACAAGGAGGAGACGCCUGCAACUGCUUGAAACCCGGGUUACCAGGGAGAUGAAAUGUGUCGACUAACACGUCGUUAACGUUGUUGGUUUUACUGAUUAAAGAUAUAUCUGUUUUAAGUUACUUUUAGACGGUACAUGUAUUUAUCCAAGUAUGAAGGAGGAGGGACGAAUUAAGAGUACUACAGUAGCCUUUGUUGCUUGUUUGUCAGACACAUACUCCGAACUACGAAGCCAAGUAGUAUAGAGAGAGGGGGGGGGGGGGAUUCUCAUAAUUGCAAGAAAUGUUUUGUAAUUACAGGUUAAUUUUCUCGCAAUUGCCUGCAAAGAUCGAUUGAUCAAAAAAAUAUUUGCUUUUUUGUUUGUCUUUAAAAUCUUUGUUCUAAGAAAUGCAUGCAUAUUUACUCUGAUUUUUAUUUUGGAACAGCUCAUAAAGAAAAUUGUGGU